AAUGUGAAAAUUUCGGAACAAUCUAUGACUUAUUUCUUUCCUCAGAGAGAUUUUGAUUGAUUGAUUGAUUAUGUGAUGUGAGAAUGUGUAUGCGUUUUCUUUGUUUCCCGCAGAGAGUUGUUAAGGUAUUGGAACUAGCUGGAGGAGUGAUGGAAGAGCUCGCGAGCCCUUCUGGACCCAAGAAAGAGUUCGUCAACAGCCAUUGCCGAGAGUUUAUGCAAUCUAUGAAGGAUAUUCAAGUGACACUAAGGGAAGAGAUCAAAAGCGCUUGCGAGUACCGUCCCUUUGAGAAAUGCGAUUACAACGCUAGAAUAGCUAAUGAGAUCUGCUUCCAGAAGCUUGAAUAUGUUCUCACGCAGCUUGAUGAUCUGAAACAAACUGCUGACCGGUAUAUUUCUUUUGAUUGAGCUCGCAACUCUAUGCAGAUUUUCUCAUGUUUGUGGGAUUUUACAAGUUGUCUCUGUCUUCCUUCGAUAUUCAUAUUCAUAAAAGCCUUACUUGAAGAAUUAUCCUAAACCAUUGUGCUAUAUAGUCUCUAGAUCAGUGGUAGGUUAUCCCAGUAAAGUUUGUCUGUUUUUUUGUAGCAUGAGUGCCCUAAAGUUUGUCUGUUUUUUUG